GGCGUGAUAGUUUUAUAAAACUCGCUGCCAAAGUUUUUGUGGUGCUUUCUUGUGGAUUUGCCUAUCUCUUCCUUUGCCCAUCUGCCAUCUCCUUCCUUGCUUUACUCCCGUCUCUGCUGUCAUCGUCUUCCAUUUCGUUCUGCUCGCCGCCACUAUAUAAGGUUAUCUAUGGCGUCAAACUCAGGAAAUGAUGUGCCAGCAGGUGCUGAGGAGCCCAAAAAUGCCAAAUCAGAGGCGUCCUCCGAGCAGCCACAGGUUGGAGAAGGGACACCUCCUGCUUCCCGACCUGGAAUGCCACCAAAUCCUUUUGAUUUCUCAGCUAUGUCUGGCUUGCUUAAUGAUCCAAGCAUCAAGGAACUGGCUGAGCAGAUAGCUAAAGAUCCUUCUUUCAACCAGAUGGCUGAGCAGUUGCAGAAAACCUUUCACGGUGGUCCUGCUGAGGAACCACAAUUUGAUCCCCAGCAGUAUUUUUCUACUAUGCAGCAGGUGAUGGAGAAUCCUCAGUUUAUGUCCAUGGCUGAACGUCUUGGUAGUGCUUUAAUGCAGGAUCCAUCAAUGUCUGGCAUGCUCGAAAAUCUGGUAAAUCCUGCAUCUAGAGAUGUGCUAGAAGAACGAAUGGCACAAAUCAAGGAAGAUCCUUCUUUGAAACCCAUAUUGGAAGAGAUUGAGACUGGUGGUCCUGCUGCCAUGAUGAGGUAUUGGAAUGAUAAAGACGUUCUUCAAAAGUUGGGGGAAGCUAUGGGCCUACCAGUCACUGGAGAAGCCGCAACAUCUUCGGUACGUACUGUGCCAGACGAGUCAGAGGAAGGUGGAAAUGAGGAGGAUGAGUCAAUUGUUCAUCACACUGCUAGUGUUGGUGAUGUGGAGGGUUUGAAGAAUGCUUUGGCAGCUGGCGCUGACAAAGAUGAAGAGGAUUCUGAAGGCAGGACGGCGUUGCACUUUGCUUGUGGAUAUGGUGAGGCUAAGUGUACUCAGAUUCUUCUCGAGGCUGGAGCUAAAGUAGAUGCUUUAGAUAAAAACAAAAACACCGCUCUUCAUUAUGCAGCUGGUUAUGGGAGGGAAGAAUGUGUAGCGCUUCUCCUGAAGAAUGGCGCUGCUGUUACUCUCCAAAACCUCGAUGGAAAGACUCCCAUCGAUGUUGCUAAACUGAACAAUCAACAGGAGGUGCUCAAAUUGCUGGAGAAAGAUGUAUUCCUGUAAUUUUGAUGGCUGAUUGAUUCACUGGCGUGCAGUUCGAUAUUUGGUAUAUUGGUUCAUAUGUUUAUCUAUGCUAUAAUAAAAAAUUGUUCGUCUUGAUUAUUCAAAAAUUUUCCUUGACUUGUUUUUACUGAUAUGUUUUUAGUGUGUACCAGUAAUUCAUUUCACUUGAUCUUAGAUAAUGUUAUGGAUUCAGACAAUUGCUAGAAAGAAUCCUUUUUUUUAGAGUUUAGAAUUAAAGUUUAAGGUUUCUGCUGUAUCUGUUAUUGACGGCAAUAAAUUCUAUGUUACAAUUCUGCUGAUUUCUUUAGAA